UUGGUUGAAGAAAUUCAUAUCCCGAGAUUGUAACACCUCUGUUUGGUUUGGGUUGCAUAAAGUAUAGAUAGGCAAUACGGAAUGACGGUGUUGUCCUCAAAUAUUUGUUAAAAUCCCAAUUUGCCCUCUUCAUCCCUAAAUUGGGACUGCCAAUUUAAUACGCGGUAUACCCUAGCUCCCGCCCACGCAAUUGAUUCCGAAGGACUUCUCAAUCACCUUGUGGAAUCGACGACGGCGAACGAAGGUUGAAGCUCCACCACAGGAAAUAAGUAUCACAAUUGCUUCAUCCUAUGGCAUCUCAACACCGAAGCGCUAAUGACAAUGACGGGAGUCCAUUACCAGAUGGUAGCUCAGAUAUGGUGCCCAACAAAGGGGUAAUAGCAGCUGCAGGUGCAGGUGCAAGACGUUGUUGGACAGAACGCGAGGAGACUAUUCUUAUGUCAGCCAUGAAAGAGUUGGCUGCAACCGGUUGGAAGUCCGAUAAUGGGUUUCGUUCAGGUUAUCUGACUCGUGCUCUGGAGGCACUUAAACGUGAAUUUCCAAAAACUGAUAUUUGUGUUCACCCUCACAUCAAGUCAAAAAUCACCACCUGGAAAAAGAAUUACUACUCUCUAAUGCAAAUACUUGACCGUAGUGGAGUUGGUUUCAAUGCGGAUGGUGACUUCAAGAUAGACAUCGAUGAUGAACAAUGGACACAAGUUGUGGCGAAAGACAUUAAUGCCAAGUACAUGAGGAAUAAGUCGUGGCCAAUGUUCAAUGACUGGAAGGAGAUUUUCGGCAAGGACCGUGCGGAUGGGCUUAAUGUAAUGGACACCGGGGAGGCUGUUCAAAAGAUAUAUGGUUCUAAGGCUGAUGCUGGUUCAAGUUCAGCCAAAUCUUCACCGAUGACCUUAGAUGAACUAUUCCCAGAUGAAGUUUUUACUGGAGGUGUAGUGCCUGAGAUGGUAGAUGAGAGCACCUCGGCCCCGGCACCAGCGAGACUACCUGCGAGGGUACCAACCAAAUUGUAUCCAAAAAAGAGGAAGGCCGAGGACAAGAUGGACAGUGUCCUUGCUAUGAUGAAUCGCAUCCAUGAAGACACCAAUGAGCGGCUGAAGGACAUAUCUAACCGAAUUGGUUAUGAGUUUGAUUUAAGCACAAAGAGAACCGAGGUCUUCAACCAGCUGAAAGGCAUGGCCGGGCUCACCAUCAAACAACAGUUUUAUGCGGCAAAGAAGUUAGUAAAGGAGCCAGAGCUAAUGGAUCUGUUCAGGGGAUUGGAUGAAUGGGCACGGCCGGCGUUUGUGCUUGAUCUCUUGGAGACGGAUGGAAUGAUUUGAAAUUGGUGAAGUAUG